UGACCCGACAAAAUUAAGCUACGAGAUCUCAUCAAUCCUCUACAAACCCCAAAACACCAUUUCCUCUUCCAUAUAGUCAGAGAAGUGAAAAGUAAAGUGAUAAUUGCUUGAAGCUUCACAAUAAUGGCGCUAAAUCUUCGUCAAAAGCAAACUGAGUGCAUUACGCGGAUGUUAAAUCUGAACCAGCCAGUGAAUGCUGGUGGCACUGCGAAUGAAGAGGUAUACAAGAUCCUGAUUUACGAUAGCUUUUGCCAAGACAUUUUAUCCCCUUUGAUUCACGUCAAGGACCUCCGUAAACACGGGGUUACCCUCUACUUCCUCAUCGACAAGGAUCGCAAACCAGUCCAUGAUGUUCCAGCUGUCUACUUCGUCCAAGCCACCCAUCCUAAUGUACAGCGUAUCAUUGCCGAUGCCUCAAAGUCUCUUUAUGAUUCCUUCCAUUUGAACUUCUCCUCUUCUAUUCCCAGGCCUCUCCUCGAAGAUCUCGCUUCAGGCACGAUUAAUUCUGACUCGAUUGAAAGGAUCUCAAAAGUGCAUGAUCAGUACUUGGAAUUUGUCACGCUUGAGGAUAAUUUGUUCUCACUUGCCUACAAGAACUGUUAUCUUCAGCUGAAUGAUCCCUCUGCCGGGGAUAAAGAAAUCGAAGAGAUCAUUGAAAAGAUUGUCAGUGGCUUAUUUUGUGUGUUGGCUACUCUUGCUGUUGUCCCUAUCAUCAGGUGUCCCCGUGGUGGGCCUGCUGAGAUGGUGGCAUCGCUGUUGGAUCAGCGGUUGCGAGAUCAUCUGUUAGCUAAAAAUAAUUUAUUCUCUGAGGGUGGGAAUUUCACUAGCUCAUUUCAGAGGCCAAUUUUGUGUUUAUUCGAUAGAAACUUUGAGUUGUCGGUAGCUAUACAACAUGAUUUUAGGUAUAGACCACUGGUUCAUGAUGUGCUUGGUUUGAGAUUGAACAGGUUGAGUGUGCAGGGAGAGAAAGGUGGGAUGAAAUCAUUUGAGUUGGACAGAUCUGAUCCAUUCUGGAUGGCAAAUUGGUCAUUGGAGUUUCCAGAGGUUGCUGUGGAGAUAGAAGCUCAGUUGAACAAGUAUAAGAAGGAUGUUGAGGAAGUAAAUAAACGAACUGGUGGGAACUCAGGGGCUGAGUUUGACGGGACAGACUUGGUUGGCAAUACUAAGCAUUUGAUGAAUGCUGUAAAUUCCCUGCCUGAGUUGACAGAGAGAAAGCAAGUCAUUGAUAAACACACCAAUAUUGCGACAGCAUUGUUAGGUGAGAUCAAGGAGAGGUCCCUUGAUUCGUAUGCCAAAAAGGAGAAUGAUAUGAUGGUAAGAGGUGUCAUUGAUCGCAGUGAACUUAUUGGAGCUCUCAAGGGAAAAGGGACUAAGGUGGAUAAGCUGCGGUUUGCUAUCAUGUAUCUUAUCUCGACUGAGAGCUUACCUCAAUCAGAAGUUGAAAUGAUUGAAACUGCACUUAGGGAAUCUGAGGUCGAUACCACAGCAUUUCAGUAUGUAAAGAAGAUAAAAUCAUUGAAUGUCUCUUUAGCAUCAGCAAAUUCUGCGAGUAGGAGCAACAUAGUCGAUUGGGCUGAGAAGCUCUAUGGUCAGUCAAUCAGUGCUGUAACUGCAGGUGUGAAAAAUCUAUUAUCCAGUGAUCAUCAGCUGGCUUUGUCAAGAACAGUGGAAGCACUAAUGGAGGGGAAACCCAAUCCAGAAAUUGAUUCUUAUAUUAUUUUUGAUCCUCGUGCACCCAAGUCAAGCUCCGGGAUGAGUAACAAUCAUCUGAAAGGACCAUUUAAAGAAGCUAUUGUCUUUAUGAUAGGUGGUGGUAACUAUGUGGAGUAUGGAAGCUUGCAAGAGCUUGCCAAUCGUCAACAGGCAGUUAAGCAUGUCAUAUAUGGGACAACAGAAAUUCUUACAGGAGGUGAGUUCAUCGAGCAGCUUGCACUGCUGGGGCAGAAGAUGGGGUUGGGAACUAGUGUUGCAACACCAGCCCAUUAAUGCAGAUGUGUUUUCUGUACAAUCCCUAAAGGAAGCUCUGUGUUGUUCAAUAUUGACUUUGUGCCCGUUAUCAGGCUACAUGAGCAAAUCAUACACUUGAACCUAAUAGUCUGUUGAGUUUUUGGACAAGAAUUUCGUUCACCGUAUUCUUUAUAGUGCUCCUAGAUUCUGAUAUUUGGCUCUGAUGCAUAGUGAUCUUUAAAUUAUAGGAGAAUUCAUGUAUAAGUUCAAACUUCUGUGGAGUUGGUUUAUAACAGAUAUUCUGUAGUUGACAUACUUGGAACUGUUUGCCUAACACCCCUCGCUGUCCAAGGUGGUUUCUUUGUAUUCUUAUAUUCUUUAUUACCUAUAGUUUUGUGGUA